CAGGACGCACUGAAUUACGCACGAGUGCAAGUUUACUCUACUGUGACCACGUGACCCAUUUGGAAACGUAAAAAGACGUUUAUUGAAAGGAUUCUCCUAUAAAAGAGAUGAAAACGUGGAGGGUUCGCUUUCUUUACUUUUUGGUCUUGAUCGCAGCUGUGCGCUAUGUGACGUCUCUGGAAGAGGAGCUCGCAGACUCUAUUUUUGGUAAUUUUCUGGACCCCGUCAAGGAUUUGUUCGAGCACAGAGAAGAUCCCAAUGGAAGUCUGGUCAGGUUUUCUUUGCGUAAACCGUCCCAUCCUGAUGAUGACCUGUGCUUCAUCAGCCCUGGAAAAGCAGAGUCGCUCUCGGCCUGCGCCUUCAACAGCUCCACCAAAACAUUCUUAGUCAUUCACGGCUGGACGCUGAGCGGCAUGUUUGAAAGCUGGGUGGCUAAACUGGUGACAGCCCUUUAUGAGCGAGAGCAGACGGCAAACGUCAUUGUGGUGGACUGGCUCAACUCAGCCCAGAACCACUAUGUGGUGGCUGCUCAGAACACCAAAGCCGUGGGGCAGGAGGUCGCCCACUUCAUCGACUGGAUUGAGGAAGCCUCCAACAUGCCUCUUGACAACCUGCACCUCAUUGGUUACAGUCUUGGAGCUCAUGUGGCAGGGUUUGCAGGAAGUCAUGCAAACAAUAAAGUUGGGCGUAUUACUGGUCUGGACCCGGCUGGCCCAGACUUUGAGGGCGAGCACGCGCAUAGACGCCUGUCUCCAGAUGAUGCUCACUUUGUGGAUGUCUUGCACACGUUCACUCGAGGAUCUCUGGGGCUCAGCAUCGGCAUCCAGCAGCCUGUGGGACACGUCGACAUCUACCCCAACGGAGGCAGCUUCCAACCGGGCUGCAACCUCAGAGGGGCCCUGGAGAAAAUCGCUAACUUUGGCUUGUUUGCUAUAAGUGAUGCAGUGAAGUGUGAACAUGAGCGCUCCAUUCACCUGUUCAUUGACUCUCUGCUCAAUGAGAAGGAAGCAGCCAGGGCCUAUAGAUGCAGCAGUAAUGAAGUGUUUAACCGAGGCAUGUGCCUCAACUGUCGCAAAAGUCGUUGUAACGCGGUGGGCUACGAUACCAGAGUGGUCCGCAAACCAAGGAACGUGCAAAUGUACACAAUGACCAGAUCCUCCAUGCCUUUUAGAGUGUAUCACUAUCAGCUGAAGGUUCAUUUUUCUAGUAAAGUGAACCAUUCUGAGAUGGAGUCCUCUCUCACUGUCUCACUUUAUGGAACCAAAGGAGAGGCCGAAAACCUUGAGCUCAAACUAAAGGAGAAAAUAGCCACGAAUAGGACCCACUCUUUUCUGCUGGUGACUGAGAAAGACAUUGGUGAUCUGCUGAUGUUGAAGUUUAAAUGGGAGGAGACAAACGGCUGGUCGGCCUCGGACAUGCUGAAGAUGGUCUCAUCAUGGUGGUCCGGUGAGAACGAGAGUAACAGCAUAGACGUCCAUCGGAUACGCAUCAGGGCAGGAGAGACACAACAAAAGGUGGUCUUCUGUCUGAAAGACCCGGAAGCGCACAACUUAAACCAAGAACUGACAUUUGUGAAGUGUAAAGAUGCCUGGAGGAAGGCACCAAAGAGAGUUCGUCUGGAUAGUCUCACAUCCUCAAGAUGAUCUCAGAUCUUCAUUCUGUUAGCACUUAUAAUUUAUACACCUUUAUGUAAAUAUUUAUAUACUAUUAGAUAGUAAUACAUAUUUAAA